AUGGCAGUACCACAGACCGAGACCGAAGAGAACUUCACCUCCUCUAUAGAGCAGGGUGACGAGGCUCGUGAGGCGGUCAAGCCAUAUCACUGGUACCAUGGGGUCUUUUUCAACGCGACAAUUGUCGGCAUAACCGCCUUCGCGGCACCCGGUUUAUGGAAUGCCAUGCAGUCCGUCGGAGCAGGAGGGCAACAAUCACCUUAUCUUGUCUUGGCUGGCAAUGCGAUCCUCUUCACGAUUAUGGUAUUCUCCUGUCUGAGCGGAAGCCUCAUGGCGAACCGUUUCGGAUACCGCAUCGGCCUGAUCUUCGGGACAGUGGGCUACGUUAUCUAUUCAGCCGCGCUGUACACAAACAACCGCUACGGAACUGUUUGGUUUAUCUAUCUCGGCUCAGCUGCAUGCGGUAUCUCCGCAGGCAUCUUCUGGGCUACCGAAGGAGCUAUCAUGCUGAGCUACCCCGAGCCCGGCAAGCGCGGGCGCUACCUCUCAUAUUGGCUGAGCUACCGCAAUAGUGGCUCCAUCCUGGGCGGCAUCAUUAAUCUCGCCUUCAACUACCGAGGAGUCAGCACCGGGAAGCUGGAUUGGAGGACCUAUAUCGUCUUUGUGGCGCUGCAGGCUUUGGGUCCCGGAGUGGCCUUUUUCUUGUCGUUGCCAAGUCAGGUCGUGCGAAGAAAUGGCACCAAAGUCUUGCCCGUUGAGCCGAUACCGACCGCGCAUGAGAUCCAGGCCUUGUGGAAUGUGAUCAAGAAGAAAGAGAUUCUGCUAACGGCCCCUUUCUUCCUAUAUGUCACCUGGAGUCUCCCCUAUAUCAGCGCCUACCUGACUCUCUACUUCUCCGUGCGCGCCCGGGCCCUCGCCUCGCUCAUAUCAGCUGUCGCUCAGGUCGUUUCGACGCUGCUGUUUGGUGCGUUUCUCGACUGGAGGGCUCUCAGCCUCAACAAGCGUGCGCGGUACGGCUACAUAUUCAUGAUGGCCCUGAUCGGCGGCACCUGGGCUUGGGGCACUGUCGUUCAGCGCGACUACCACCUCCACAAGCCCUCCCUUGACUGGAGCGAUGACGGGUUCGACCGUGGCUGGGCCCUGUACGUCUUUUGGCAGAUCAACUUCUCGCUCACCUACAACUACGGCUUCUGGCUGAUCAGCUGGCUCGCGGCGGAGCCCAAGGACGCUGUCCGGUCCAUGAGCGUGAUCCGAGGAGUAGAGGCGGCGGGCCAGGCAAUUUCAAGCGGCAUCAGCUCCACUACUGUACCGCUGCUGACAGCUAUGGGCAUCAACUUCGCUCUGUGGGGAGUCGCGGUAAUCCCGGCCUACUUGGUCGUCAGGGGUGUUGGAGAGAAAUAUCUUGGGCCAGAAAAGUCGAGCGAACCGGCCGAGGAAGCACCAAAGAUCUAGACAAGGGGUAUUUCCUUGCGAAGAGUUACUAGUGACAAAAUACCAGCCGUGAUGUGAGAUUCC